GCACACAAAACAAACCCAGGAGCCAGGUGGGUCACGAGGCCCACAUGUCGGUCCCAGUGGGGAUGCCCCGCGAUACGUUUCCCCGAUGGCGCGUAGCUAUUUUUGCAAACCGAAGCCGGAUUUGGGCGAAUUGAUAGCGCGUCUCCGCUGUCCCUUUCUCCCCGUCGUCUACGUCCCUUCCGGCCGCGUCCUUCCCCUCCCAAGAUCAACCCCCCCGCGCGCUUGUCUCCUUCCCCCGGCCAUCUCCGGCACCGGAUUUUUCGUCGCCGCCUUGUCCUGGCCCCUUCCGCGAAGACCCAUUCCCACACACCCUUUAUGCCAACUUGCCGCCCCCGCGGAUUCGCGCGCACCGCGGUCGGUGUCUAGGCUUGAUUGGCCCUGGCCCAGGAGCACGGCGAAAGGCGGCGUCUUGGUGUGAAGCGGCCGCGCUGGAUUGGUUGCCGCCGGUGGUGCUGAUCGUUGGGCGUGUUUGAGAGCGCGCCGAAGGCUCUGCCUUGUGGGGAGCGGUCGACAGGCAGGGUCAAAGGAGGCGGUCUUUCCUCUUGUCCCGAUCGCAUUGUUGAUCUGACACGGUUUCUUGGGAAAUUCAGGUUAGGGAUAGGCGGGGGGAGUGGGGUCGUCGUGAAGGAGGCAGCAGCGGUUCGCGUGGAUCGAGGAAGGGAUUUUAUUGCGUUGGGAUUUGGUAGGUGGUGGCGCUGCUCUUGCCGUUCUUGGCAUGAGCGUUGGAGAUGGGGACGGACUACUACAAUGUGCUCAAGGUGAACCGGAACGCCACGGAGGAGGACCUCAAGAAGUCGUACCGCCGGCUGGCCAUGAGGUGGCACCCCGACAAGAACCCUGGCGACGUCAAGAAGGAAGCCGAGGCCAAAUUCAAGAAGAUCUCCGAGGCCUACGAGGUUCUGAGUGAUCCGCAGAAGAGGGCGGCGUACGAUCAGUACGGCGAGGAAGGCCUGAAGGCCUCCGCAGACGGCGGUGGUGGUGGUGGUGGUUCCACGUCCACGAACGGGGCCGCCAACCAACGCUUCAACCCUCGCAACGCCGAAGACGUGUUCGCCGAGUUCUUUGGCAGCAACAAGCCGUUCGAGAACAUGGGGCGAGCCAAGUCAAUGAGGUUCCAGACAGAAGGCGCUGGCACCUUCGGUGGGUUCGGUGGGAACGAGAGCAAGUUCAGACCAUACAACAACGAUUCGGCCGGCACCGGCUCCAGUCAGGCUCGGAAGCCGCCGCCCGUGGAGACCAAACUGCCCUGCACGCUCGAAGAGCUGUACGCAGGCUCAGCACGCAAGAUGAAGAUCUCCAGGAACGUUGUGAAGCCGAAUGGGCAACUAGGGACCGAAUCGGAGAUUCUAACGAUCGAUAUAAAGCCCGGCUGGAAGAAGGGGACCAAGAUCACGUUCCCGGACAAGGGCAACGAGCAGCCGAACCAACUCCCCGCCGACCUCGUCUUCGUCAUCGACGAGAAACCCCAUGACCUGUACACGAGAGAGGGCAACGACCUCCUGGUCCACCGGAAGAUCGAUCUGGUGGACGCGUUGGCAGGAACGACGGUCAGCCUGAAGACGCUCGACGGGCGUGACCUGGUGAUUAGGCUCACGGACGUGGUGACACCUGGGUACGAGCUUGUGGUCGCCAAGGAGGGGAUGCCUAUCGUCAAGGAGAACGGGAGGAGAGGCAACCUGAGGAUCAAGUUCGACGUCGGUUUCCCUAAGAGGUUGUCGUCGGAGCAGCGGCACACCAUUCGGAAGGUUCUUGGAGGCCAGCCUCAGCAGCAGUGAGCACAGGCGUUCGAAACAAGAUUGUCUGCCCCUUAUUGGCUACCCAUGCAAUGCAGAUUUGCAGACUAGUUCAGAUGUUCUUCUCUUUCUUCGGCUGGCUUGUACUGUAUGUUUAGUUGUUUUUUCCUUUGUGGUGUUUUCUGAUCUUCUUCUCCCUUGUUGGAAAAAAUGGUGGUAUUGAAGACCACAGGUGUAAUACAAGAAUGCUGUCUUUGUGUCUUCAUUUACAUGUUUCAGAUAUCGUUUGGUUCACAUAUUUGUAAGUAACAGAUAACAUUAGAUCAUGUUUGUUUAGCUCUAAUCGUAAUGAGAUGCCACACUAGAAAUUAAUACCAA